UCGCUACAAAAGUCUCAGCAACCCGUUCCUCUUUAUAUUUCUUAUGAUGCUGAACCACACCCAAGCGUGUUUUUUUCCUUUUCUCUUUCUUUUUUGAUAACGCGUAACUGGGAUCCGCUUACAAGCCCAGAGCGGGGGUUGCUUUGAGGCUGUUUCUUUUUUUUUUUUUUGACGCGUUCUGUUUUUCGCCCUCUCCAUCUCAUGUUCUUAUAGUGAAGAAAGAAACAUCGCUGGGCGAGUGUGUUUUUCUUUGAUCCAAACCAUGCCUUUUGACGACGAGGAACUCCGCUCGGCACCAGACAACAAUGGGGCUGCAGCCGGCGACAACAACGGCACCUGGUGGCAUGCUUGAUCCGCGGUCGUACGACCAGGUGGUGCCGUUCAAGUACUUUGCCGAGUGGCUGAAGACGCAGGACGGCGGGCGGCGGCUGGAGCAGGACGAGAUCCGCGAGCGGUACGAGGACUACAGGCGUGAGGCCCUGCAGCGCCUGUACACGCAGUUCUAUGCAGCGCAUAAGGACGACGACUGGUUCCAGGAGCGCUUUGAUCCGGAGCGCCGCAAGGAGUACAUGCAGGUUCUGCGUACGCGCAAGGUGGGCAAUCUGGAGGACUUUAUGUCGAGCCUGGCCAGCGGCCGGUACGACAAGCUGACUAUGACGGCCACCACCGAGCAGGUGAUGCAGCAUGAGGUGAACCGGCGCGACCAGUCGAACAUCAACCGCCUGGGAGCCGACGACGACGAGGACGACGACGGCGAGACGUACUGCCUGUUUGUGCGCACUGUGCCGCCGAGCGUGUCGCGUGCAACCCUGGAGGAGGAGCUGAAGAAGCAGGCUGGGUUCAAGUACCUGGCGCUGUCGGAGCCGCGGCAGGACAAGCAGUACCACCGGUUUGGGUGGGUGCGGUUCGACAAGGGCACCGACAUGGACAAGGUGCUGGAGAACCUGAGCAACCUAAAGAUCGACGAGUUCCAGUUCCAUUUUUCGCGACACACAAACAACUCGUCGGCGGCGAUGCGCCUGGCGCCGGACGUGGCCAGCACCGAGGAGCGCCUGCGCCACGAUCUGAAGCUGGUGCGCGAGGCAGUCAAGUCGCUGGACGCCCGGACCGACACCGAGGUCUUCCAUGGAUUCGACUCGGUUCAGGCCAAGAUCAAGGAGCUGGGCGGCACCAUUGCCGAGGAUGCCGACGCCGACGCCGACGCCGACGUGGCCAUGGAUGACGAGGAGGGCAGCGCCGCGCGCAACGAGGACGGCGAGAGCGGCGAGAUCAAGGGCGAUAUCGAUGCGGUGCGACGUGAGCUUGAUCUGCUGAUCGAGUACCUGCGGCGUGUGCACUACUACUGCUACUACUGCGGGCACACCGCCGACAACAGCGAGGACUUUUACCGGCGGUGCGCCAAGCAGCACCUGCGGCGGCCGCUGGGAGCGAAUGGGCGGGCGGCGCCGUCGGGCAACUGGACGCGCAACCUGGACAACCGCAACGACGUGAUCAUCCACCCGCUGGAGGCCGAGCGGCUGUAUAAGGAGGGCGGCAAGUCGGUGGAGCGCGAGACCGACAAGGAGCUGGACAAGCACAUCAACUGCCUGGACGAGGGCCGGUUCCGCUGCCUGCUGUGUACCAAGCUGUUCAAGGGCGACGCCUUUGUCCGCAAGCACAUCCGCAACAAGCACCCCGAGGCCGUGCCCGAGGAACUGGUGCGCGACAUUGCCUUCUUCAACAACUUUGUGCGCGAGGCCCCGCACUUUGUGCAGCUGGGCACCGGCGGCAACCUGGCCAUGGGCGCCGUGGCCGGCGUCGUGUCCGGCGGUGGUCGCGGCGGCGAUCGCAAUGCCGGGUUCAUGUCGGGCAUGAUGAUGCCGGGCAUGAUGAUGCCGGGCAUGAUGAUGCCAGGCAUGAUGGCCACCAACCCCUACAUGAUGCCCGGCAUGAUGCCCGGCAUGAUGCCUGGUAUGAUGCCGGGCAUGGGCGGCCACUUUAUGAACCCGAUGAUGCAGAUGGGCGGCCAGAUGUACAGCCAGCAGUUCCGCGGCGGCCGCGGCAGCCAGCGCAACGGCGGCAAUGGCGGUCGCGACCCGCGUGCUGUCCGGUCGUAUGUUGAUCUGGAUGCUCCGGCCGAGGGCGAGCCGGACUUUGGCUUCUGAGUCUGCUUACCAAAUUUUUUAUUGCUCAAUUCAAAUAAACUCUCCCCCCACCUUCACAUCU